UGGAGACGGUGGCGGACUCCUCCAGGCGGGGAGACGCGCCGGGGACCCUGGGCUUCUUGACGUGCGGCCACUCGUCCCCCACCUGGCCCCGGCCAGGUGCACUCCGGCCCCGGGGCCUGCGGACCAGGUGCCGACUCGCGGCCCCAGGCCUUUGCCGCCGGCACUGCCCAAGGCCCCACCAUGGCCCAGCAGAGAGCCCUGCCACAGAGCAAGGAGACACUGCUGCAGUCUUACAACAAACGACUCAAAGACGAUGUCAAGUCCAUCAUGGACAACUUCACCGAGAUCAUCAAAACCGCCAAGAUUGAGGAUGAGACGCAGGUGUCCAGGGCCACUCAGGGCGAGCAGGACAAUUAUGAGAUGCACGUGCGAGCCGCCAACAUCGUCCGAGCUGGUGAGUCCCUGAUGAAGUUGGUGUCUGACCUCAAGCAGUUCCUCAUUCUCAACGACUUCCCUUCGGUGAACGAGGCCAUCGACCAGCGCAACCAGCAGCUGCGAGCACUGCAGGAGGAGUGCGACCGGAAGCUCAUCACCCUGCGGGACGAAAUCUCCAUUGACCUCUACGAGCUGGAGGAGGAAUAUUACUCGUCCAGCUCGAGUCUUUGCGAAGCUAAUGAUCUGCCCCUGUGCGAAGCUUACUGGAGGCUGGACCUCGACACAGACACCGCUGAUGGCCUCUCGGCCCCUCUGCUGGCAUCCCCGGAGCCCAGUGCUGGGCCCCUGCCGGCUGCAGCCCCUUCUCACUCCCAUGCCAGCGGCCCUGGCCCCACAGAGCAUGCCUGAGUCUCUCCCCACUUUCCCUCAGGGCCCCUAGGAUCUUAGGGACAAAAUUUGGUGGUCCCCUCUGGGCUCGCUCUGUUCAGCCUUGGUUUCUGCUUGGGGACCACUGUGGCCUCCUUGGGAGCCUCAUCGGCACAGGGACAGCCCACCCAGGAGCACGAGGGGAAAGUAGUUCUCCCAUUUCUGGGGUGACCCACUCUUCCUCAAGUCACUUCUGUUUACAACCUGCCCGGCCAGCUGGUGGAAGGAAGUUUCCAGGGCAGUUUGGCCUGUUGACCUAGCAGUGGGGCAGGGAGGAUGCGUGGUGUCAGACCUCACCCGAGCCUGCUGUUUAAAGUGGGGAGGGCUCUGAGUGGACAUUACUAGCGAAGUCCAGAUUCCCACCCUCAGGCCGGCCUCCUGUGCAAAGCCACCAGGCUGCCUUGCCCUGAGGGACCCCGCGGGACUGAGGGAGCGGGGCUGCCCGUUCACACAGAAGCCAGGCGGCGGGGGUCCUUCCUAAUUCUGCUUAUGCAUUCUCGUUUUUUGUAACAAGACUUGAAUAAAAACAGCACGUUGGUUGGUUC